AUGAGCGACAUUCGGGAAUGUGUAUCUAUCUCCAUGGAUUGGAGUCGGAAGCAGUGGAUUAUCGGUUGGCAUCUGGUUAUCCCCUCUAUCAUUCUCAUACCUACAAAUUCCCUACAAUUGCAGUCAAUACACAUAUACUUCCAGCAUGGUGCUGCGGUGAAAGGCGGCUCAAAGGCCGAGGCCCACCCUCGUGCAUCAUUGGCUCCGCUUCGGCGGGGUCAGUUGCUUAGCCAGCGACAUCCACCGUUCGAUAAGUGUCUUAUCAAGCUAUUACUAUUGGCCGAAGGCGGCGAAUCGGGACUCCGCUAG